AUGCCAACCGUCAUUAGCGCAUCUGUGGCCCCACGGACAGGGGCUGAGCCCAGGUCCCCGGGACCAAUUCCCCAGCAGGGCCAAGGCAAGACCACCGAGGCCGGGGGCGGAAACCCAAGUGGCAUCUAUUCAGCCAUCAUCAGCCGCAAUUUUCCCAUUAUCGGAGUGAAAGAGAAGACAUUUGAGCAGCUUCACAAGAAGUGUCUAGAAAAGAAGGUUCUUUAUCUGGAUCCCGAGUUCCCACCAGAUGAGACCUCUCUCUUUUACAGCCAGAAGUUCCCCAUCCAGUUCAUUUGGAAGAGACCUCCGGAAAUCUGUGAGAAUCCUCGAUUUAUCAUUGGUGGAGCCAACAGAACUGACAUCUGUCAAGGAGAUCUAGGGGACUGCUGGUUUCUCGCAGCCAUUGCUUGCCUGACCCUGAACGAGCGCCUGCUUUUCCGAGUCAUACCCCACGAUCAGAGUUUCACUGAAAACUAUGCGGGCAUCUUCCACUUCCAGUUCUGGCGCUACGGAGACUGGGUGGAUGUGGUCAUUGAUGACUGCCUGCCGACUUACAACAAUCAACUGGUUUUCACCAAGUCCAACCACCGCAAUGAAUUCUGGAGUGCUCUGCUGGAGAAGGCUUAUGCUAAGCUCCAUGGUUCGUAUGAGGCCCUGAAAGGUGGGAACACUACAGAGGCCAUGGAGGACUUCACAGGAGGGGUGACAGAGUUUUUUGAGAUCAAGGAUGCUCCCAGAGACAUGUACAAGAUCAUGAAGAAAGCCAUCGAGAGAGGCUCCCUCAUGGGCUGUUCCAUUGAUGAUGGCACAAACAUGACCUAUGGAACCUCUCCUUCUGGGCUGAAAAUGGGGGAGUUGAUUGCACGGAUGGUGAGGAAUAUGGAUAACUCGCUGCUCAGGGACUCAGACCUCAUCCCCAGGGACUCAGAUGACAGACCAACCCGGACAAUUGUUCCGGUUCAGUAUGAAACAAGAAUGGCUUGCGGGCUAGUCAAGGGCCACGCCUACUCUGUCACUGGGCUGGAGGAGACCCUGUUCAAGGGUGAGAAAGUGAAGCUGGUACGGCUGCGGAAUCCCUGGGGCCAGGUGGAGUGGAACGGCUCCUGGAGUGACAGUUGGAAGGACUGGAGCUUUGUGGACAAAGCUGAGAAGGCCCGUCUGCAGCACCAGGUCACUGAGGAUGGAGAGUUCUGGAUGUCAUAUGACGAUUUCAUCUACCAUUUCACAAAGCUGGAGAUCUGCAACCUCACGGCUGACGCCCUGGAGUCCGACAAGAUGCAGACGUGGACGGUCUCCGUGAACGAGGGCCGCUGGGUGAGGGGCUGUUCUGCCGGAGGCUGCCGCAACUUCCCAGACACUUUCUGGACCAACCCACAGUACCGUCUGAAGCUCCUGGAGGAGGACGAUGACCCUGACGACUCGGAGGUGAUCUGCAGCUUCCUGGUGGCCCUGAUGCAGAAGAACCGGAGGAAGGACCGGAAGCUGGGGGCCAACCUCUUCACCAUUGGCUUUGCCAUCUACGAGGUUCCCAAAGAGAUGCACGGGAACAAGCAGCACCUGCAGAAGGACUUCUUCCUGUACAAUGCCUCCAAGGCCAGGAGCAAGACCUACAUCAACAUGCGGGAGGUGUCCGAGCGCUUCCGCCUACCUCCCAGCGAGUAUGUCAUCGUGCCCUCCACCUAUGAGCCCCACCAGGAGGGAGAAUUCAUCCUCCGGGUGUUCUCUGAAAAAAGGAACCUCUCCGAGGAAGUUGAAAAUACAAUCUCCGUGGAUCGGCCCGUGAAAAAGAAAAAAACCAAGCCCAUCAUCUUCGUUUCGGACAGAGCAAACAGCAACAAGGAACUGGGUGUGGACCAGGAAUCAGAGGAGGGCAGAGACAAAGCAAGCCCUGAUAAGCCAGAGAAAUCCCCACAGCCACGGCCUGGCAACACCGGCCAAGAGACUGAGGAGCAGCAGCAGUUCCGGAACAUUUUUAGGCAGAUAGCAGGCGAGGAUAUGGAGGUCUGUGCAGAUGAGCUCAAGAAUAUCCUUAACACGGUUGUGAACAAACAUAAGGACCUGAAGACACAAGGGUUCACGCUGGAGUCCUGCCGUAGCAUGAUUGCUCUCAUGGAUACAGAUGGCUCUGGGAGGCUGAACUUGCACGAGUUCCAUCACCUUUGGAAGAAGAUUAAAGCCUGGCAGAAAAUUUUCAAACACUAUGAUACAGACCAGUCUGGUACCAUCAACAGCUAUGAGAUGCGAAAUGCAGUCAAUGAUGCAGGAUUCCACCUCAACAGCCAGCUCUACGACAUCAUCACCAUGCGGUAUGCAGACAAGCACAUGAACAUCGACUUUGACAGCUUCAUCUGCUGCUUCGUCAGGCUGGAGGGCAUGUUCAGAGCUUUCAAUGCAUUUGACAAGGAUGGAGACGGUAUCAUCAAACUCAACGUGCUAGAGUGGCUGCAGCUCACCAUGUAUGCCUGAACCAAGCUGGCCUCACCCAAGGCCAUACAGAUCACUCAGGAUUUCCAUUUCAUCCA